UUCAUUUUAAAAUUAUCAGGGUCAAAGUUCGAUUCAUGAAAAUAGUAUAUAAUACAGGGAGAUGAGUUCAUUUGAAAGGAUACAUCUGCUGUUGCAUCCAAGUGUAAGAACACAACAGAGGAGAAAAAAGUACUGCUUCAUGGCAGUACAAACACUACGUAACAUCCCAGCUGUGCUGGGAAUUCUCGCACUAUGUUUCACUUUGGGGGCAAGUUUCCCAAAGCCCAAGGGAAGAUCAUCGCCCUGUGAAGCAGGGGUGGACUACUACGGAGACUCCACUGACUGCAAUGCAUAUUACCAAUGCGUAUCAGGGUACGAAAUACUAUUACAUUGUCAACCGGGACUUCACUGGAAUAGCAAAAUCAAUGCAUGCGACUGGCCAGAAAGUGCGAGCUGCAUUGCCGAAUUAAACAAGGGUGAGGACGAAGACGUGGCAACAGAUGUAGCUCCCACGGAAGACGACAGCAACGAAGGCGACGCACCAUCAGAGGGCGAAAGUGAAGAAAGCACUUCAGGAUCAGACGAGAGCGAGAGUGAAGAAAGCACUCCAGCACCCGAGAGCGAGAGAGAAGAAAGCACUUCAGCGCCAGAGGACAGUGAAGAAAGUGAGAGUGAAGAAAGCACUUCAGCGCCAGAGGACAGUGAAGAAAGUGAGAGUGAAGAAAGCACUUCAGCGCCAGAGGACAGUGAAGAAAGUGAGAGUGAAGAAAGCACUUCAGCGCCAGAGGACAGUGAAGAAAGUGAGAGUGAAGAAAGCACUUCAAGUGAAGAAAGCACCCCAGCACCAGAGGACAGCGAAGAAACCACUUCAGCACCAGAGGAGAGUGAAGAAAGCGAGAGCGAAGAAAGCACUCCAGCACCAGAGGAGAGUGAAGAAAACGAGAGUGAAGAAAGCACUUCAGCACCCGAGAGCGAGAGUGAAGAAAGCAAUAGUAGUGAGGAAUAAAUGCAGUUGAAUAUGUUUCUUGCGCAUAAGUUUUGCAAUAUAAUGUUAAUUAAUGAUGAUAAAUAUUUAG